CGCCAACACAAUGGGAAAGGUCCAAAUAGGCAGCGGCCCCUUCACGCGUCAUGUCUCCAGUCAACGACAGUCGUUGAAGGUGACAUCUACUGUUAUAGUGCUCGACCAACUUACACCCCCAAACCGCUUUGAUCAUCAAUCUAAACGUCGUCGACAGCAAAAUGGUCAAGCAAGCCAACACCAACGAAGCGCGAGCAUGGGGAGCUCUCCCCUCACGCACCGAGAUGGGCUCGCGCCGCAUCUCUUCUGUCGCCCUGAUGGCCGGCCUCCUCACCGUUGCCUACCCUUUCGCUCCCUUCGGCUGGCUCCUCCCCAGCGAUGGCCCUGAUGUCCUCGACCGAUUCCUCGCAUGGCCGCUGCUUCUCGGCGCACUGUUCUUCCAGUGGCGGAUCGCGGGCGUGAUCGGCACACUCACCAUUCAGAUCGCGGACUUUGUGGCGGUAUAUCAACAUGCCAUGUACUGGAAAGUUGCGGGCUUGGAGGCAGUAUUGAUUGUUGCCGUCAACCUGGGACAACACGAGGUUUGGAGACGAUUCGUCGCAAGCGGACUUAUCGCAGGGCUGUGGGGUAUUGGGUGGGCUUGUACGCCGUUGAGAUAUAAGUUGGAGGCUUGGGAACACUUGAAGUGGAUUUGGACUGUCCUGGCGAUUGACGAGGUUCGAAGGGGGUUGGGAGGCAGAGCAGGCAGAGGACGCAGAUGGUGAGCGCGGUUGGAUUUUGGAUACAAAGUACCAGGUUUCGGAACGCAAAAUUAAGACACAUGGAGCGGCAUGGGCAUGUUAUUGGGAUUGUAUGGGGAAGGAAAGCCGAUCCUAGGUAAUCGUGGGGAAAAUUGGACUAGAGGCUACAAGUGAGCGACUCUUUACUCGAAACAGAUUAACAUUUUUCCAAACUCGUGGCACAUCGUUCUUUGCUUGCAGCUUAAAUUGCGCCAUCCUCACAGAAUCCCAUCAUGAUCUGAUGAUAUUGCC